AUGAAGCGAGGUGCCUUGGCCAGCGGAUUGGUCACUGAUGAUUCUUUCAUCCCAGUCAACGGCUGCGCCAGACAUGCCUGGAUGAGGACAUAUGACGAUGUGCUUAUGCAACUUGCUACUCUCUAUUUUACCGGCACUCUUUCUUAUUUCCACCUUCUCUGGAUCCGCGGAGAAUCCGUCCUGGACUGGAGGCCUUUCUUCUUUCCUUUCUCCCCUCUUACGGUGGUCUUUCAGCAUGUCUUCGCCAUGCUCACGAUAUUUUUCCACUACAUCAAAUCAAAGUUGAAGUCGGAGGAGCACCCCUUCAACAUUUAUCUCCCUCUACGCGUCCUUUUCGGUCGCGUACCAUCUACCCCAACCACUGAAUCCACGGAUAACUCUCUUUCGUCCCAAGAAAAGAAGACAUCCUCUCCACCAACAAGCACUCAACCAAACGAGUUCUCAACCAUCCUUGGUACUGCAAAGACACUUGGUCUCAUUCUCCAAUUCGCCAGUCUUAUCCUUCAGCUUUCCUACUGCGUUUUCGGCAUCAGGCUUUUCAUCCGGCGCCUCUCACGCAACCCCGACUCCCUCAUCAACGCCGACUACAUCGCCCUCCAACUCUCCAUAUCCGGCAUCCUCCUCGUCCUGCUCUCCCUCCCCCACACCCCCCUCACACCCCUCCGCCUCUUCACCGACCCGGUCCCACCCCUGCCCCCCACCUACCGCAAAACCACCCUCCACCACACCAUCCUCUUCUGCCGCGACAGCGCCUCGCCCACCCUCUACGCGCCCCGCUACGCCCCCUCACUCUUCACCUACCUCCAGCAAUUCCGCCAAAUCUUCUACUCGGAAGCCCUCUCGGCGCUCCUCAUCUUCACCGACUUCGGCACCGUGCCGCCCAUCCCGCUCCGUGCCGUCGUCGCCAACUACGACUCGUUCGGCGCCAUCCCGCUGCCAGCGCUGCGCGGCGGCUACUACUUCAGCGAGGUGGGCGGCCGCCUCGUCUUCGCCGUGUUCAUGCUGCACGCCGUCCGCUCGGCGCUGCGCGGGCGCCGGCUGUGGGAGAAGGAGGCGCUGGCGGCGCAGCAGGCGUUGCUGGAGCCGCCGACGGCCACGGGGUCCGGGUCGUCGCCGUCGUCGUCGUCGUCGGCUUCGGUUUCGGCUGCUGAGAGACAGGAUCAGGGCGUUGUGGCGGUGGUGUGGGGCUGGGUCAAGAGCUUCUUGGCUGACCCUCUGGCUUACACGCCGUCCGUCACGACGCUGUUUCCGUACUUGAUGGUGGCGGCGGGCGCGAUGACGGUGUGGAAUCGCGUGUGGCCGGAUAUGGAGGAGUGGGAGAUGUGGCCCGCCGAUGUGCCGUGUCCGCAGCAGUGGCGGGAUCCGUUGGUUGGGAAGUGGGAAGGGUGGUGGGAGUGGUGGUGGUUGGGGCAGAAUUUGAUGAGGGAUUGA